AUCUAAUCGCCCAGUACGUGAAGUUUCCGAUUUCACGAAUUUUUCAGUCUGAUUAUGUAGUGCGUCGAACAUGAAGACCAUAGAAGGGAAAGUGGUGAUGCUAGGAUCUCAAGGUGUUGGAAAAACGAGCCUAGUCGGGCGUUACUUGGGAAACUUUGAACCUGCGAGUCCGACGAUAGGCGCAUCUUUCUUCAAUUUUAAAAUCAAUCUUAAGGAUGCAAGAAUAAAAUUGCAAGUAUGGGACACAGCUGGUCAGGAGAGAUUUCGCUCCAUGGCACCAAUGUACUACAGAAACGCUAACGCGGCCAUGCUGGUAUUUGACCUUACGCAGUACAAUACCUUCUCCGCGAUCAAGGGUUGGGUGAAGGAGCUGCAGCAGAACGUGGAGGAAACUCUAAUACUAACCGUAAUCGGCAACAAAUCCGAUCUAGCGCAUCAACGUCAGGUAGACAGUGAGGAAGGACAAAAGUACGCUACGUCAAUUGGUGCUUCAUAUCACGAGAUCUCGGUGCUACACAACGAGGGAGUGGAAACUGUUUUCUUAGCCAUUGCUAUGGGACUGCAAAGAAUGGCAUCCGAAGAUUUUGAUACGACCACCACCCUCAAAAUUUCCGAUUCCAGCAAUUUUUUCAGCAACGACAUGCCACCCUCGCCUUCCGCCGAAGAGGUCGGACAGAAUAGCAGCAUUGCGUACGGAAUACACGAAAGACCAUUUACCUGCUGUUAGUUCUGACUUGGAACAGACAGAAGAAUCGGAAGAAAAUUACUUUAUUUAAGAAUUUGCAUUAGCGUAUGAUUAUGUCGCGCUAAGACAACGAGUUUAAAAUAUUGCUUGCCGCAUCUUGCGAACCGCGAACUUGUGUGUUUUUUCGACGCAUAUUGUUAAUAAGCAAUAUGUUUAUCAUACGAUGUGUCUUUGUUCUCGAGACGCAAGGUGUAUGCGGAAAACGCAAGGCAAACAACAAUGUGUUCUUCCUAAACUGCUUUGGCCCUACUUUGCUUAAUUAUUAUAAAUGAGAUCUAUGACCAAUGUUCGUGUCGAUUUAUCGCGGGCGUUAAAUCGAUGUCGAAAUAUUAUCAAGCGAUAUUGUAACGUUGAAGGAGAAAAAAUUACACAAUCCGGAUUUCCUAUAAAUAAAUAAUAAAAAUUAGAUGAUAAUAAUAAUAAAAAUUAGAUAGAGAAGUGAAAAAUUAUAUUUUGUUGCGUCUUAAAUUCGUAUGUAAGCGAGAUCUCAUAAAGAACAAUCUAACGCGGUACGUUAAUUCGUGUUAAAGUGAUUAAGGUCAUGACUAGUUACAUACUAAGAAAUGUAACAUUGUACAAGGCUAUAAACUCAAUUAUCAAUUUUAAUUUUGUAAUAUUCAAUCUUUUGAUUAGAUAAAUUUCAACUUAUUUUAUUUCUAUUUAAUAUAUAAUAAUGCGUGAAAUUAAAGGAUUCUACAUAAUCUUUUAAUGCAUAUGACAGCGUAUGACAGUCAAACAACUUGUCAAUAACAACAAUAAGAUCACUUUGCAAAUUCCAACUAAUUUUUACAAUUAACAUUACUUUUACUCUAUGUUUAAUAAUUUUACAUGAAACAACAGUAUUCUGUAUCGGUGCGUAAAUUAUUUAUAAAUAAAGUAGAAUAGAUUUA